AUGGCAUGACAUAGAAGCACAGAAAGAAACAAUCAAGAAAUGGCUACCAAACUCACUCUUUCUUCUCCCCUUCCAUUCAAAACUUCAUUUUUACCAAAAUCGCCAUUACUUUCUCCACCUUCAUACUCCCCCACAGCCAAUGUUCUUGCUGUCAAGGUUCAUGCCAAACUAGGUGGUGGAGAUGAUGAACAAGUCAAGAAAGGAGGCAAGAGGAAGUUCAUAACCAGAGAUGAAGAACCACAACAGUAUUGGCAGACAGCUGGAGAAAGGGAAGGAGAGAAUCCCAUGAAGACCCCUCUUCCUUACAUCAUCAUAUUUGGUAUGUCAACUCCUUUUGUAAUCUUGGCCAUUGCUUUUGCAAAUGGUUGGAUUAAGGUACCUGUUCGAUGAGACCCUGGACAAUACUUCAUUGUCUACUCGUCUUCUCAUGUUAAUUCUCACCAAUUUUAAGCACUUUAGUUCUCAAACUCUAGCAGAUAUUUUCUUUACCUCUUCACAUAUGUAUUAUUAUGUCAUGAAUCACUUUAGUGAACAAGAGUUCAGUCCAAUCAAUAUUUGAGAAAGCAACUUGAGAGUGGCAGUUUGAUGAUCCUUCUACUUACAUUAAAGUUGGUUUUUUUGUUCUUUUUCUUUUUCUUUUGGAUAAAUACGCUGCUUGUUGUUUCAAGAAUUGCAUGUGAUCAAUUCAGAACAGUUAUAAAGACCUAACACAGAAACUGCUAGUAUGAGAUGGUUGGUAACCCGAGUGGUAUAUGGAAAAUUAAUAAGUAAUUAGAGAUUUUUAUUUUUCUGUUCCUUGAGGAUAAAACAGGCAAAAGAAAAAGGAAAGCAAUUUAGAUUGUUGGUAUACUAUAGAUUACUGUUUUUAUUUUUUAUUUUUUAUUUUUAAAUUUUUUUGUGUGUACAAUAAGGGUAUCCCUAAGGGAGUUAGAGAUUAAUUUCUUCGAAGAAGCGAUGUACAUUUCUUUUUAUUUAGGACAAAAUACGGUUGACAUCUCUAUCAUACCUGCAAUAUUCAGACCUAUAAUUGAACCGUUGUAAUCACUAAUUAGGGAUGACAUUCAACACUGAUCAGUCUGUUAUUUUUAUACAUAGAAAUUUGAGCAAGUGAAAUUAAAGAAAUGAAAUAUGGUCUGUGGAAUUUCAACCAAUUAGGAAAAAAGUUAGUCUAAAUCUUGCCACAUAUGUAGGUGUAUACUCAUAUUACAGUUGUGUCAUGGAUAGCAUGUACACAAGUGUCAAAUUUAGCUAACGUGAAGGGUUGAGAGGAGUAGCCAUUUCACUUGUGUAUAUGUGCCUUAUUUUAACAGCAUCAAAUGGCUUUUACUGUAUGUUCAACCAUCUGAAUUACCCAUGAUAAUUAUCUGAGAGCACAAGAAGGGAAAAGGGGAUGCAAGGUCAUAUUUCGUCGGUGUCAGCCAUUAUAUGAUACAGAGUAACCGUUGAAUCUUCAUCAAAGCAUGUGGAGAAAUCAUAUUCAAUUCCCCAAGCAUAAGACCUUGAAAGCAGGACAACCACUAAGAAUACGAAUUGUAUAUAUUGACCGCCAUAAUAAAUAAUAUUCCCUCAAGUUGUUUAUAUGGAAAGCAAUUUUUCAUUUUACCUAUUCCAAUCGAUUUUCUACACAUUAGAUUAAUAACCUUAACAAAUGUUCUCAUAAAGACCACUUAAACGAGGCAACUUCAAUAGCAGUCAAAAAUUAUAAUGCUUCAUCAUCUUUCCCUGCGCAGGGACUUGUACAAUACCAUAGUAACAUAUUUAUGUUGAAACUUAUGAGUUGAUCGCAGUGCCACAAAUUGACCCCUAUCAGUUUUGAAUAUGUAUAGAUGAUUCAGUUGUGUGGGCCUAGGAACAGGACGAGUAUCGCUUGUUGAAGGCUCAUGUUCUAGUGCAACUGGUAGUUGUGGUGGUAAUUCUGGUGGGGGCUUACUGAACUCAUCUUCAUUUAAGAAUGUGUUAUCAUAACUUGAAGGUGGUGAUGGAGGAUCAUCAAAAUCAGAUAACCUUCCAAGUGUUUCUGGGAUAUAAUCCUGCAAUGGUGUUAGUAAAGAAACUAGGUGAGGCUCUCUUAG